GGAUCCGGCCCGUGCACCGCGUGUUUCGGGCUCUCUGCGGCCUCGCUGUCGAGCCCCGGCGAGGGAAGCCUGGCCCGCAGAGCGGGAUGGCGGGGAGCAGCCCGAGAGCAGUGAAAGCCGCCCCGGGGCUGCCCAGCCGGUGUUGCCGCUCCCCCGCGGAGCUCCGGCCCUGGCGACCUGCGCAGCAGGGACACACAGCGCUCGCCCGCCGGUCUCCUUAAAGCCUCGAGAAACAACUUCUGCUUGGCCAUGGCGAUGAGGCCACCAGUGCUUUUGGAAUACGUUGGUGAUGUGCAGGGACCACUGCUGACCCUGCUACAUGUACUGUGGAUGUUGAAAAACAUCACGACAUCACAGUGAAUUUGAGCGUUGGCAGGGGCUCCCUCAUUCCUUGCUUGGGCCUGGCAGUCAUAGGAUGGACUGUCGACUCCUCUGCAGGCACUGAAGUGACUUCAUAAGCACUGGCCGUGAGCCGAAGACCUCGCACAGGUGACACAUCUGCUCUGAAAAAGGUUUAAAGAGACAUGGAGCUUGAAAGAAUCAUUCAAGACACACUGACGCGCUUCAUCCAGUCCCACGUCCCUGCAGCAGAUCUCAGUGGGAUGGAUGAUGUUUUCUUCUCUUAUAUCACGGGUGUCCUGGAAGAGCUGGGCUCACCAGAGUCCUCUGAAGAGACUUUUGACAUGGAUACCUUUGUGGAAAUGAUGGAGGCAUAUAUCCCUGGUUUUGCAGAAAUCCACAGUGGGGAUGUUUGUGAAAUGAUGUUCUCCCUCUCAGAAAGGCUUGGUGAAGCUCGAAACAAAGAAAAACUUGGCCAAAAGGCUGUGGAAAGCAGGAGUGAAGCGCCCUCUGAAGACCUCACCAAGGGCCAGGAGCCUGGAGCUGGAGUCUGCAACGGGGAAAGACUGUGCACUCUAACAGACGGAGCCGGGGCCCAGGAAGGCGCUGACUUGAAGGAUGGGGUGGAGCUGCUACUGGAGAUGUUCCCGGCCUGUACUGUGAGCCAGGCAGAGAAGGCUCUCGCCAUGGCCUUGGGGAACUUGGAAGAGGCAGUGCAGUUAAUUGUGGAGGAGAAGGUGGAAAUUGGCCCAGCAGGUGUGAGUGUGAAGGAACUGGCACGGCCUCGCAGAGCACCCAACCAUGAGGAACUAAAACAGGUCAUCCUACAGAAGUACAUGAUGGUGGAUAGUGCAGACGAUCAGAAAACGCAUCGGCCAGCUCCACCCAAAGAGGCUCCCAAGAAGUUGAUCCGCUAUAUUGAUAACCAGGUGGUGAGUACAAAAGGAGAGAGGUACAAAGACAUCAAGAAGCCUGAGAGCGAGGAGAUGAAGAGAACCUACAUCAGUCUAAAACCAGCCAGGAAGUACAAGUUCCACUGACAGCCAGGUCCUUCUGCUCUUCAGCUUUCCACCUCACUGCCAGGCAUGGCAGGAUGGAUAUGUGGUGCUAGGAAUGAGGCGACUCCACCUGCCACUAACUUGAACCAACCUGGAAGCCAAGACACUGCUUUCAGCUCCCUCAGCUAACCUGGCUGAGGGGACUUCUCUCCUUGUGUAGCUAUCCCUCUGCCCCCAGGGGCACACCGCAGUGGCUCUCCAGGGCUUGGGCAUACUCUGCUAUUCCUUGCAUGGGACAUUUUUAGAUCUGAGAUGUGGCAUGUGCUUUUGCAGCAACCUUUUUAACAAGUCUUUGUGCACUGUUGCUUUAAGUGCCAGUAUUAAUAAAGAUGAUGUGAGUUGGUGUGUAGUUCA